GCUGCUCCAUGGCUGACAAUAGCACAGGGACAUGACACAGUAGUGGAGGGGGAGGAGAGCUCCUCGCCAUCUGUGCCGUGUGCCCCACUAUUCCCGGCAUUACAGUAGUGCCCGUCUACUACCUGCAUUACAGUAAUCACCUGGAUGACGUCAGGCCGGAGUUUCAGCAGCAUCACACAUCGGAAGCCACAGGACUAGCGCAGGGGCACGAGCCGGCCGGGAAAGCCAGGACAACGCUGCGGCCGCGGGUUCGGGUCCCCCCACCGGAGCCUUCACCUCACGGCGUCUGAAUCUGACCGACAGGACCGGGGCUCGUUCUUAUUGCACCGGAAUGGAAGGUGAAUUACCGCAGCCGGAUACUUUGUAAUGGCAUUGACCGGGAAGAAGAGGGGUACCGGGAGGUGUAAUGCACGGGCUGGGGCAGGCACAGGGAUCGCCGGUGUCAGCAAUGGACAGCUCAGCUGAGCUCCCCAACACAGCGCUCGCCGCAGCUCUGCAAACUUGUUGAUCUCCGCUCGUAAGUUGCACCUUGUGAAUGUCCUGUUCACACUUAUACUGCGGAUCCUGGUGCGAUCGGCCCCCGUCCUCCUAGCUGCUGCCGGACAUUGUGUGUCACCCCAGGAGCCCACCCCCAUUUCAUAGGACAUUGGAUGAAGUUUAUGGGGGAGAUCAGCCUUACUGGAGAUGUUAAGGAAGGAGUUACCUCUACCAGAGGGCUGGGAAGAAGCCAGGGAUGUGGAUGGAAAAGUCUAUUACAUUGAUCACACCAACAAGACCACCAGCUGGAUAGACCCCCGAGACAGAUAUACCAAACCAUUAACAUUUGCGGACUGUAUUGGUGAUGAAUUACCGCUGGGAUGGGAAGAGGCCUAUGAUGCUCAAGUCGGUGUUUACUACAUUGACCAUAACACUCAAACGACACAAAUAGAAGAUCCAAGAGUACAAUGGAGAAGAGAACAGGAGCGUAUGUUAAAGGACUACCUAGUCCUUGCUCAGGAAGCCCUGGUGGCUCAGAAAGAGAUUUACCAAGUCAAGCAACAGAGACUGGAAUUAGCCCAGAAGGAGUAUAGGCAGCUGCAUGAUGUCUGGAAACAUAAACUUGGAUCUCAGACAAGUUUGGUUUCUGGCUCCUCAUCUAGUUCCAAAUAUGACCCUGAGAUCCUGAAGGCUGAAAUUGCUACAACAAAGUCCAGGGUAAACAAGCUGAAGCGAGAGGUGGUGUUUAUGCAGCAAGAGCUGCAGUACAAGGAAAAUGGUUACCAAACUCUUCAACAGAUCGAUAUGAAAAUGUCUGGAAGCCAUAGUUGCUAUAAACUUGAUGAAGCACAAGCUAUUUUGAAUGAAAUGAAAACGAUCAAAAAAGCUAUCAGUUCAGGUGAAAGAGAGAAGCAGGAUCUUCUCCAGAGCCUUGCCAGGUUGAAAAAUGGUUUCUUUGUUGAAAAAGGCUCCCAGUCAGACCUUUGGUCUAGCGAGACAUCUCUGAACAGCUCAAGUCUUUCUUUAUCCAGACAGUAUCACAAUGUUAGCUCCCAGACUGACCUUUCAGGAAAUCUCGCUGUGAUCAGUAAUAACCAGUUGGCGGAGAAGGUCAGAUUACGGCUUCGAUAUGAAGAGGCGAAGAGAAGGAUAUCGAACGUAAAGAUACAAUUGGCAAAACUGGACAGUGAAGCCUGGCCAGGAGUCCUUGACUCUGAACGUGACCGUCUUAUCUUAAUAAAUGAGAAAGAAGAGCUCUUAAAGGAAAUGAGGUUUAUUAGCCCAAGAAAAUGGAGCCAGACAGAUGUGGAAAGACUAGAGUCAGAAAAGAAACGACUGGAAGAGGAUUUACAGACUGCAAGAGACACACAAAGCAAAGCACUUACUGAGAGAUUGAAGAUGAGCAGCAAAAGAAACCAGUUGGUCCGGGAGUUAGAAGAGACAACAAAGUUAAUAGCAUCACUGCAUACACAAUUGAGAAGUCUCUCAACUAGCACUCAGUCACUUUCAUCGGGCAGCAGCCCUGGAUCUUUAGCAUCCAGCAUGGGAUCGCUAGUGACCUCAAGUCAGGAUUCAUCUACAUCUGCAAGUUGUACAGAUUUGUACUAUGAACAGUUAGAUCAAUUAGACAUGGAAUACCAGAACAAUAUGGACUUUUUGCUUCAGGAAGGAACAUCUGGGUUUAGACCUUCUGGUUGUAUUACAACCAUUCAUGAAAAUGAAGUGGUUAAAUCUCAAAAGACUGAUCCGACAAGUCGUAUGCAGGCCUUUAGGUCUUUGUCUGGUACUCCUAAAUCUAUGACCUCGUUGUCACCCAGGUCCUCGCUUUCUUCGCCAUCUCCUCCUUGUUCGCCUCUUGUAACAGACCCUCUUUUAACAGGAGAUGCUUUCUUAAGCAAUAUGGAUUUUGAUGAUUUUGAUCUAAGCAACCAUUUUUCUGAAUUUGGUCUUUCUGCGGAUAACUAUCUCAAUGAAACAGAAGGCAAAGCUGUUGGACAAGGUCUAAGUUGCCUUCCAGUAUCUGGUUUGAAAGUAUCGGGGGUGUCAGCCGCUGUGUCCGAUGAGUCUGUUGCUGGAGACAGUGGGGUCUAUGAGGCAGCUACACAGAGGCAGAUGUUGGAAAAUACAGAUUGUGAUGGUGAUGAUCAAGAAAGUCUGAGUACAGCCAGGAUCAAGAUUGGGAUGAAGUACGAUGAGAAGAACAGGCAGUUUGCUGUAUUUAUUGUUCAGCUUGAUAACUCAGCUGCUUUGUUACUACAACAGGAUCAGAAAGUAUACGUUCGUGUUGCUGUUCUUCCCUGCUCUGAAAGCACAAGCUGUUUAUUCCGGACGAGAACUAUGGAAGUAGUAGACAGUCUCAUGUACAACGAAAUGUUCUUGGUGCCAGUAUCCCAUACAACGUUACGUCGAAAAACUCUGAGAAUUGACGUGUGCACAUUACAAAGCAAACAUCGAGAAGAAUGUCUGGCAGGAGCCCAGAUCAGUUUGGCUGAUGUCUGUAGAUCCGGAGAGAAAGAAGUUCGGUGGUACAAUCUCUUAAGCUACCGGUACUUGAAGAAGCAAAAAGCUAAUAAAAAGCAAAACAUCAAUUGCCCUGAAGAAAAAGCUGAAGAAAAUCCUGACUUGGUGUCUGCCCUUUUGGUACAAACAGCUGCUGAACUUGAGGAUGUGGAAAAACUUGAAGACAAUGGACGAUAUGAGGAUAAAGAUAUGAUUUGGCAUGAAGUCCCUGACACUAUGCAGGAUGGAGAAGCUGCUACAGACAAUGAAGAAGAUGAUGAAUGUGAUGACAAUGUCCAGAGUGAGCUUGAAGAUGCCGAUAUACAAACAGCGACCGAGUCAGAGACGCUCAAGGUUGACAAAGAGACUAACACAGAAGGGGUUCCUCAAUCCGCCACUGUUGUUCGCCCAAAAGACAAGAGAUCAGCCAAUCAAAUACAAGCACAAUUCAUUAGAGGCAGCACAAUAAUCCGCUCCAAGACCUUCUCUCCUGGGCCACAGAGCCAAUACAUCUGCCGCUUGAACCGCAGUGACAGUGAUAGCUCAACACUCUCCAAAAAGCCGCCUUUUGUAAGGAACGCUAUGGAGAGACGCAGCAUGCGUGGGAAACGGCCGUCCAUGAAGUCCUCUGGCAGAGAACGUAUAAUUCGCACAUCUCUGGACCUGGAAUUAGAUCUGCAGGCUUCAAGGACGUGGCAUAAUCAGCUAACGCAAGAGAUUGCUAUACUAAGAGAGCUGAAAGAACAGCUAGAGCAAGCCAAACGUCAAGGUGAAAAUGAGCUGCCGCAGCGGGUGAGGGAUGAUGACAGGUUUAAGCUCCUGCUCAGACAAGUGGAGAAACAGGUUAAAAAAAUAGAACACAAAUAUGAGAUGCAAGCUGAUAAGAUGAUGAGAGCGGCAGCUAAAGAUGUGCAUCGGCUACGUGGACAGAGCUGCAAGGAGCCAUUGGAAGUCCAGUCUUUCAGAGAGAAAAUGGCUUUUUUCACCCGGCCAAGAAUAAACAUCCCAACUCUUGCUGCAGAUGAUGUCUAAAAAUCACCGUAAAAGUAUUUGUUUUCUGUUCUGAGCACCACUGCAAAAUAGCACAAAGCAGUCUGGUGUUGUUGAAUGUUAUGUGGUGUUAUGAAGGCACAGAGUUCUUUCCACUGUUAUCCGUUAAUCUGCUGUGUUGGGAAAAGGGAUAUCCCACAUACACUGAUGGAGUUAACAAGUUUGGGCAACAUAUGUGUGUGUGUAUAUAGAUAUAGAUAUAUAUAUAUUUAUUAUACAUAUAUAUUUUAUAUACAUGUGUGUGUGUGUAUAUAUAUAUAUAUAUAUAUACACACACACAUAUAUACAUACACACGUGUGUGUGUUUUUAAUCCAUUGCUACAAAACCAGCAUUAAUGUUCCCUGUUUGUAUAGCUUGUAAAAUAAGAAUGAUAUUUUGGGGGAAAACAUUUAAAUAUCCUUUGUUCUGAGAAGAAUAUGUGACUUUUGUACAGGUGCAUCCUAGAGGUUAUACCGGCAAUAAAUAAAAUAAAUUAAUGAAGCCUUGUCUCAUAUAUAUAUAUAUAUAUAUAUAUAUAUAUAUAUACGUGUGUGUGUGUGUGUAUACAUAAGCCUUUAAGAAGUAGAUGAUGUGAGUACUGGAAUCAGAUUUCUCACAUUAAAAUAUUUUGUACCAGAUAUCUCAGAGAUUCAGGAGCUACUUAGAUCAUUACUUAUUAUUAUUUUUAGGCACCCUUGGUACAUUGAGGGGACCAAUGGUAAAAAUGCAAGUCAAGUGUCAGGUUAUACCUUAAAUUGGUUUUACUAUAGUCUAACAAAAUGCACAUUGAAAGUCCAUGCACAAGGUCAAAAUUCUGUUUUAUAAUAAAAUCCUUACUUAAGCUUCA